CUGAGCAAGAUCGCACGCACCAUGGCCCGCGCUCUCGCCCUCGCCGUUGUCCUCCUCAUCGCCUCCCCCGCCGUGGCGUUCGCCGCUGAGGCGCAAGCCCCGUCUGCCUCUCAGAAGCCGUCGGCCUCAGGUUCCCCGGCGGCGCCGUCGAAGGCGCCCACCACGGCCCCCGAGAAGUCCGAGAAAGCCCCCACGGCGGCGCCCGAGAAGGGUGCGGCGACGCCCAAGGCGGCCCCCGCCAAGGCCCCGGCCUCCAAGUCAGAGACAACGCCUUCCCAGGCGCCCGGCUCGGGCUCCAGUGCCCAGGCACCGAGCGGGAGCGCCACGCCGGCCAAGACCCCGGCCAGCGCACCCAAGGGCUCUUCGUCCAGCCCUUCAGCGUCCCCGUCAGAAGAAGCCGCCUCGCCCGACAGCGGCGACGUCGCGGAAGAGCCUUCGGCCAGCGCAUCCGCCGAGGAGCCAUCGACGGCCGAGGCCGCCGGCCCAUCAGCCGACAGCCCUCCCGAGCCGACCACCACCUCGGACUCGCCAGCGUCGUCACCGGGCCCAGCCGCUGACGAGAGCGGCAGCGCGGGCAUGGGCACCAGCGUCGCUGCAGCAGUGGUGGCCGCCGCCGCCGCCUUAACCUCACAGAAUCUAACACAACUGAAAUGGCAAUCCUUGCUAUUACCACCGAACCAUUACAAACUACAAAGCCAGCUCACCUCACACUCGCACUCGCACUCAACAGCAUCACUGAUUCACUCGCCUCACUGCUCAGUCCUCACUCCCACGCGCCGACACACACUAUCCCCACACGCUACAAUGCGCCGCUUCCACCUCGCCGCCGCCGCGCUCCUCGUCCUCCUCCCAUUUGCAGCGGCCGCCACCGGAGGCAAGGCGUCGCCGGUCCCUGCCAAGGCGAAGGCGCCCGCGGCCCCGCCCACCCCGCCGAACAUCACGGCGUUGAUGGCGAAGGGCGGAUGCAAGGCGUUCGCGGCCCUGGUCGCGGCCUCGCCGGACGCGCUCUCCACCUUCCAGUCGGCCGCGGAGGGGGGCGUCACGGCGUUCUGCCCCACCGACGACGCCAUGAAGUCCUUCAUGCCCAGUUACAAGAACCUCACCGCCGACGGCAAGGUGUCGCUGCUGUUGUUCCAAGCCGUGCCCGCGUACUACACGCUGGGGAGCCUCAAAUCCAGCAACGGCCCCAUGAACACCCUCGCCACCGACGGCGCGGCCAGGAACUACAACUUCACGGUGCAGAACAAGGGCGACCAGGUGACCAUCAAGACGGAGGCUUCCGACGACGCCGCGCGGGUCAAGUCCACGGUGUACCAGAAGGACCCCGUCGCCAUCUACGCGGUGGACACGGUGCUCGAGCCGGUGGAGCUGUUCGACCCCGUGGAGGCCCCCGCGCCGGCGCCCGCCCCGGUGGCCGAUGCGCCCAAGGCAUCCAAGAGGGCGCGCCACCAGCGGCACGUGGCGGACGCCCCCGGGCCGGCCGGCGACGACGCGACACCCGCCGACCAGAGGAAAAACUCCAAGAAGAAUGCAGCAGCCGGCGCGCCGUGCCUGCGGUGGCUCUCCGCCGUUGGUGCCGCCGUGGCCGUGGCCUCCGCCUUGGCCUAGGGGCUUUCUUUUUCGAGGUGGAUCUGCAAGAAAAGGUGGUGGUGAUGUGUGUGUCGGUGGGUGCUGUACGUCCGUGCGUGAGCAUUUGCCGUGAGAUUUCGCUCUUCUAGGAUGGAAAUGGCAUGAUUUUUCUCCUCCUUUUUUGUUCUUGCUUACUCCAUUGCUGUUGUUUGUAUGAAAGAUUGAUGUGGUAUUGUGGUGUACGUCAAAUAUUUUUUAUAUUAAUCAAGAAGCUAAAAUUCUAAAUGCUGA